GCUUUGCGUAGUGUACAGAGUAGUUGGUGUUGGAGUCUUGGUAUGCGCAAUACACGAAGAGGGGAUGAAUAAUACUGUGUAUCCGUACAUAGGGGACGAUGGAAAGAAAAAAAAAUGCGGCGCCAGCGGCGUUCGUGCAUGCGUUUGGAUGCAGGGUGGUACCGGGGGUACGUAUGCCUUUUUACCCUUUGUGUAUCUUUGUUGUCUUCAAAUCUUGCUCAAGGCCAACCGUUGGCUUGGAUUUCCGUGUCAUUCGGUCCCGUACCGCAAUUGCAGACCGCCACGGAAUGAAUCAUCCCGCCCGGCCUCGUCCGGUAGAUCCAUCGCGUCCAGCCUCCAAGUCUGAUGGUCCACCACCUGCCGCCGUUACGUGCCCGUCGUGCCCGUCGUGACCCGACAGCGUAGGUAGGCCAAGGACUCUUCGUAGCUGCUUGGGACUUGGGACAAAGGCGCUUUGUCUUGCCAUGCCAGUCGAUACUCGGUAGACCACUUCAAUUGCCUCUUUUUUCAUAAGGGUCAGUAGCUGGAACAGGGGUGAAAUGA